AUGACAGAAGCUUCGGGCAGCUGUGGCAAGGAUGGCAGCAGCACUCAUGCCUUGCAGGGCGCUGCGUAUGUCUUGCGGCACUUCAGCUUAGGUGUCACUCGAAUACCCCUCAACUGCAUGUCUUGCGCAAGCUUCAACCGCCACGGUGCUGGCGUUUCGGGCAAACACGCCCACAACGUCAUACGCAGGAUCUUUACCGUGGAGGGACUACAGGUCUGGCGGUAUCGUCACGGCGUCUGCAUCCAGCCGCCCGCUGCAGACCCGAUGCAAUUCAGUCGCUUCACGAACGAGUACGUGAAGAAGCAGAAGGAUCUCUUGGCAUCGGUGCCAGACAGGCCAUUGCCAGGAAAAACCUUCUAUGACACGGGCCUUCCCGUGAGUCCAAACAUGGAAGACGAAGAAGUGGCGACGACCAUCUCGGAGGGCAUGUGGUUUCAAACCCUCAAGUACGAGGCCUAUGAGAAGCAUCGGGAGGCAAUCGAGGCACUCAUGACAGGAGAUAACUUGGACGCGGCAUUUGCUCUGGCCGAAACGGAGAUGAGCUUGAUUGCAAGUUACUUCAAGAGUUGCCGGAUUGCCGUGCCGAAGCCAGGGCAAACGCAGUAUGAUGCGAUCUCUGAACAGUUGUUCCUCGGCAACAACUUCACUGAAGAUCUUCGGGUGUCUGCGUACAACUUCGCCAAAGUGAUCGGUGAUUCGCAGCUUGAGCUUCUCGUUGACGCAUAUCAGGCGUACGUCAAUCCGACCGA